UCUCUAAAUGUUAAAUUUUUACAGAUUAUAUAGAAGCUGGUGAUACAAUUGUACAUUAAAUAAAAAUAUGAAAUAAAAUAAUACUUCUGGAAAUUUGCUUUCACCAAAUUACAAUGGAUAGUGAAGGUGAAUUUCGUUUAUUGUUGCACCAAAUAUGUGAAGGUUUAACUGGAGAAAAUGUCUCCAUGAUGAAGUUUUUGUGCAAAGAUGCUAUUCCGCGAAGCAGAGAGUUGGAAACAGCUUUGGAUUUUAUGGAAUAUUUUGAAGCAAAAGGAUGGAUACAAGAGGGGGACUUGGGAUUUCUCGCUGAAGUCUUGUAUAGGAUAAAUCGGCAUGAUCUCCUGAAGUUACUUCCCGGUGUAAAGAACCGUCGAGAUUACGAGGAAAAUUUUCAAGCUCAGCAGAAUAACUUCACGACUUACAGAGUUGUAUGUUUUAUGCUUGCAGAUGAACUAACAGAGGGAGAUUUAAAAAUUUUGAAGCGUUUAUGUGCUGGAAAGAUGAGCAAAGCUAAUGUUAGAAGAUCAGUGGAUGUCCUUUCAUGGCUCACAUGCAUGGAGGAGGAAGACCUGCUCUCAGAAGGAGACUUGGACUUCAUAAUGAGCAUCCUACAACACCUUGACAACCAAAAACCAUACAAGUUAUUUCAGAGAGUUCGCAUGAAUGACAACACCGUCACUUUGCCCAAAAAUCAACAAAAAUCAAAUGCGUUCCAACCAAACUCUCAUUUGCCCGUUGCGUCAGGGUUUAACUCCCUAAGCAAGCAAGAAUACAACCAUACAUCAAAACUAGAACCUCAGUAUGUUAGCAUGGAAAAUCAUCGCGCAUUCAAUGGCGGUUAUAACCAAUACAAUAAUUACCAAUCUGGUCAAUAUGAAAACAGCAGCCAUACAACAACACCUAAGCAAAGUUUAAACUUUCACAACAACAACCGAGAAAAAACUUUUCAAAAUGUAGAUGAAUCAGAUACAACAUGGAAACAAAACACAACAAGUGGUUCGUCCACAGCUCCGUACAGUUACAGUUACCCACAUCGUCAAAACGAACCAAUGACCGAAAACCCAUCAUUUUAUUACACAGGCAACAAUAGUACCACUAUGCCAAGUGUACCAAUACAAAAUGCUGGUUCAUCUGAAACGCUUGAAUUAAAUCGCCAACAAGAUUAUUCUGGUGGUCAAUCAAAUCAAUUCCCAUAUCCAACACAGUAUUCUGGGGUGUCAUCAAAUGGAAAUCCAAUUGUAGGCACAACCAAUAAUGUGGGUUGUGAUGGUACCCCGAUGGUUCGUGAUUAUCCUAAUGGGUUUGAGACCCCACCCCCAAGAGCACAGCCCAAGGCACCGGUUUCAGAGAUAAAAGAUACAAGUACCAUGGGUAUAUUAGAUAAAUACCCCAUGGAGAGAAGAGGUUAUUGCCUCAUCAUUAACAAUGAGAAUUUUGAAAGGCAAGUUAAUGAAGAUGAGAUACAAAGAAGGCUUCAGAUGACAGAGCGGGAUUUUCCAGUUCCGAAUGUUGGGUUAAAGGACCGUACAGGCAGCGGUAACGAUACAGAACGACUUGAGAAUCUUUUUAAAGAGUUUGGAUUCAUCCUCGAUGUUCGCAAAGACCUAGAUCAGAGAGAAAUGGAGAAAGUCAUUCAAGAGUACACGAAAAAGGACCAUUCCGACAAAGACUGCUUUGUGUGCGUGGUCAUGUCUCAUGGGCUCUCAGGCUGUGUGUAUGGUGUUGAUGGCUUGUCUCUUUCUACAUCCAAGAUCAGCAAAUCCUUCAGACCAGGCAUGUGCUCCAGCUUAACCGGCAAGCCGAAGAUAUUUUUCUUCCAAGCCUGCCAGGGUGAUCGAACCAUGGAUGGACAUUCCGCUCCAGUUGAUGAUGUUGAAAGCGACGGAGCUGCUUCCCAUGGGCGUCAAGUACUCCCAAGUGAGUCUGACUUCUUGAUUGGCCAUUCUACAGUACCAGGCUACCUGUCUUACAGAAGUCGUACCGACGGAAGCUGGUUUAUCAGCACUCUUGUUGACAGCCUUGAGAAAUACCAUGAGAAAGAAGACCUGCUGAGCAUAAUGAUAAAUGUGAACCAAGAAAUGGCCUCCAAGCCAUACAAGCAGAUGCCAAUGCCUAUUGCUACCUUAAGGAAAAAAGUAUUUUUCUCAAAACAGAAUUCUAAUUCAAGCUCAAACCAAAACUGUAAUACUCCAGAAGGAUGUUUAUAGAUGUAAAACCACUUUGUUUAUUUUCUCGCUUUUUUCUUUUGUUUUGUUAAUGUGCUUUUGGGGAUCAUUUAGUUUUUUGUUCUUGUUGGUUCAAUUUAUGUAUGUGUUUAAACAUUAGAGUAUGUGUAUGCUAGCAUGAACUGUAGAGUCUAAUAUUUUAGUAUACCCUUUUUACAUAACAGUCAAUAAUACAAAUAAUAUCAUGCAUGCCAGUGAUACCACAACUAUUUUAAACAGACAUUAUGUAUAAAAGCGCUAUAUAAUAUUAAUAGCAAUGAAAAAAAGAUGCGUAUACAUUGAUUUACAUAUUUUAGCCACCAUAUAUAUUUACAACAGUGGCUUUGUAAUUUGUAGACAUGCUAACACUGCUUUUUUAAAUGCCAAUUAUUUGUUAAUGUUAAUAUAGUGCAUAGUUGUAUUGGUAUAAUAGGACAACCAUUUUUUACUACCUGUUUUCUAAAUUAGUUUGGUGCAUAGCUUCUUCAUUAGCUAUGCUGUUAAAACCACUGAAUUCCAUUUUCUCUUCUUUAUUUACUGGGUAUGGGUAAUAAAAAUUGGUUGUUAAUGCAAAGGUAACAUAUUUUUUUGUGGCCACGUUAAAUUUCGUGGCAAGUAAAACACUCAUUUUUCUCAGUAAUGUCAUACAAACUCAUGUACAUACAUUAUGUUUGAUUUCAUGUUACUAG